AUGUUAACACCACCUCUUCCGAUAGAUGGUGCAGUCUUCAAAAUCGGCCUGCUCGGGCCAUGGAACUGCGAUCGGUUUUUCUCCAAGGCCUUUCCCCGAGGAGCCGCUGAGUUGGCGAUGCAACGGAUAAAGAAGGACCCCUCGCUUAACGUCGCCGGUGAAUUGGACUGGACGCUGCUACAAGAUGACUGCCAGACGUGUAGGGCCCUACCUGGAUUCAUAGGCUAUGAAAAACUUUUCUCAGCUUUUGUAGGGUCUCUGAACCCUGGCUACUGUGACGUGGCCGCCUCGCUCAGUAAGGCCUGGGAUAAAGCCAUCUUCUCCUGGACCUGUUUUAAUGAUCAACCGGACCGUCCAAACUGCCGCCCCUCACUCGUCGGGAUGCUGCCCUCGUCCGCCGGCGUCCUCGUGGCGGUGCUGAAAUAUUUUAACUGGGCUCACGUUGGCAUCGUUUCAUCCCAAGAAGAUUUCUGGCUGGACGCGGCCCAUCAACUGGCUAUCGCCUUGAGGAACGGGGGGCUGCCUGUACAUCUCGUUACGACAAUUGACGAUGGUGAUUCAGGAGCCGAAGGGACUUGGGAAAGGAUCCGGGCUGCUGGGGACAUUAAAGUGAUCGUUUUGUGUAUGCCUUCAGCACUGGUUGGAGGGGAAGAUCAGGCCACUUUGCUCACCCAAGCCCGGGAGAUGGGUCUGGCCGACGGGAGGUACAUUUUUGUGCCCUACGACACCCUGCUCUACAGCCUUCCUUAUCGAAACCAUUCCUACUUCCUCCUCGACAAAGACCGCACCUUCCGGGAAGCUUACGAUGCCGUCUUGACCAUCACUUUAGAGUCCGGAGAUCAGACAUUUUACGAAGCGUUCAGGACAGCGAAGGAAAGAGGUGAAAUAGUGUCAGAUUUGGAACCACAGCAGGUGACUCCCCUCUUUGGGACCAUCUACGAUGCUAUUUACCUUGCUGCAAAAGCUUUAGACAAGGUGCAUCAGCCUGGGACUUCUAAGCUCUCGGGGAUGGCGCUGGCAGAACAUGUGAGGAACCUCAACUUUGCUGGAUUCAGCCGCAGGAUCCAGGUCGACAGCAAGGGGAAGGUGCUGGCCAAUUACGUGAUCCUGGACACCGACGGCCAAGGGAGCUACUUAUCCCCGACCUACUUGCUGGUGACAUCCACUGGCUUGGUACAGUCCCUGGGAAGAGCCGUACACUUUCCAGGAGGAGGCCCACCCCCCGCCGAUGCCACCUGCUGGUUCGAUCCAGAUGUGCUGUGCAUUAGAGGCAUGGAUCCACCCAUUAUGGUAAUUGUUCUGUUACCCCCCGUCCUCCUGCUCCUAUCAUUGUGGCCUUUUGGGGUCUGUUUCCUUUGCAGGCGCAGCGCCUUCUAUCGUCAAAUGCUUAAGGGCUCCAAGAAGUUACUGCUGAGCCUCGAUGACCUCACUUUUGUGAACGCCAAGCUGAGCCGCAUGAGGCUGACCCUGGAUAACCUCAGCCAGAGCAAGAGCCACUCCGAAGGCCAGAGCCUGAAGUCGGCAACUUGCUCCUUGUCCAUGAAGAGCGCAGCUGUGACCUAUGAAACCUCCAACGUGGCAGUGUAUGAGGGAGAUUGGGUGUGGCUGAAGAAACUGGAGCGUGGAACUUCUGGAGACCUUCGACUCCCUCCCAUCUCUUUGUUACGCAAGAUGAAGGACCUGCGCCAUGAGAACGUGAACCCCUUUCUUGGCCUGUUGUCUGACAGCAGCUUCUCAGCCCUCCUGAUGGAAUUCUGCUCCCGAGGGAGCCUGGAGGAUUUGCUACAGAAUACGGACAUCAAACUGGACUGGAUGUUUAAAUCCUCUCUUCUGAUGGACUUGAUUAAAGGAAUGAAAUAUUUACACCACCGGGAUAUCUUCCACGGACGCCUGAAGUCUCGAAACUGUCUGGUGGAUGGACGGUUCGUGCUGAAGAUCACCGAUUACAGUUACGGUGAAUUUUUGGCAGCCCAACAACCCUUAAAUAUCCAGCCGUCAGCUGAAGAAUUGCUCUGGACGGCUCCAGAGUUGUUGAGGGAUCCGGCAACAUUCCCCAAGGGCACCUUGAAAGGUGAUGUGUACAGCUUUGCCAUAGUUGUCCAAGAAGUUGUCCUGCGAGGUCCUCCGUAUUGCACCUCGCAAGUCUCAGCAGAAGAAAUUACACGCAAGCUGAAGAAAUCGCCACCCUUGUUCCGCCCAAACGUUUCUCUGGAGAGUGCCCCCUUGGAGUGCAUCCAGCUGAUGAAGCAAUGCUGGACGGAAGCGCCGGACCGGAGGCCGAUGUUUGAUGAGAUUUUUGAACAGUUUAAAACCAUCAACAAAGGCAAGAAGACCAACAUUGUCGACUCCAUGCUGAGGAUGCUGGAACGGUAUUCGAGCAACCUGGAGGACUUAAUCCGGGAAAGGACUGAGGAGCUGGAGCUGGAGAAACUGAAGACGGAGAAACUACUGACCCAAAUGCUUCCCCUGUCCGUAGCAGAAACCCUGAAAACCGGAGCGACCGUCGAACCGGAGUACUUUGAUGAGGUCACUAUCUAUUUCAGCGACAUCAUCGGUUUCACCACCAUCUCCGCCCUCAGCGAGCCUAUUGAGAUUGUGGAUCUCUUGAAUGACCUCUACACUCUGUUUGAUGCUGUCAUCAGCCAUCACGAUGUUUACAAGGUGGAAACCAUCGGUGAUGCCUACAUGGUUGCUUCGGGGCUCCCGAAGCGAAACGGCCAGAGGCACGCUGCCGAGAUCGCCGACAUGGCUCUGGACAUCCUCAGCUCGGUGGGCUCUUUCACGGUGAAGCACCUUCCGGGCGUGCCCAUCAGGAUCCGGAUGGGGCUGCACUCGGGGCCUUGCGCUGCUGGAGUCGUGGGCCUCACUAUGCCGCGGUACUGCCUGUUUGGGGACACCGUGAAUACAGCCUCGCGGAUUGAAUCGACAGGGUUGCCUUACAGAAUUCACAUCAGCCAACACACCAUGAAAAUACUGAAGAAUCUGAAGGAAGGGUACAAGAUAGAGUUCCGGGGGAAAACCGAGCUGAAGGGGAAAGGCUUAGAAGAGACAUACUGGCUCGUUGGGAAGAAAGAUUUCACCAAACCACUGCCACGCCCUCCCGAAGUGAGACCCGGGCAACCUUGGCAAGAUGUGGUGGUCCGAGAAAUCAAGACUGCGCUGAGAGAGCCAAAGAGGAAGUCCAUCAACAUGCAGAAACCAUCCUGACCGGGCAAAAG